GUCCUUACAAACAGACACUUGGCGCGCGAUUUGUGAACGAGCACCCUGCAGAGUCUGUUUUUGAGGCCUGUGUUUUUAACGUUUUCUCGCGUGUCUCUUUUAAUUAUUAUGAGAGGAGCCCUUUAGGCUUUUAAAUAAAUUUCGUCUAUAUCGUAACGCAACAUUUCUCACCGGGAAUAUGGCAGAAUGGAAGACGCAUGUAUCUUGCAAUUACGCCGCUUCGUACCAUGGCUACAAUCUGGUGUAUCAGCCGGUGCCUGAGCAGGGCCAUGAAAACCUCAAUGGCUGGGACGACAACGGAGGAGCCAUGGACCUGAACAACUACAACUGCGGCGCGACGCAGCCUCUUGGUACCGCCGGGACCUCCGCCACCGUCGUCAGCGGACAAGAGUCCUCAUCAAGCAGCCCUGAUACAAAUCCUGUGACCGGGAAUUGUUAUGAGGGUACCGGUGCCAUCCAGACAAGCUACCCGAACCUGGCCGGGCCUUCGCAGGAGGCCUGUGGAGUGAAGCAACCCAGGAGUGAUUCAAUCAGCGACGCUGAGACGCACACCUCACCUGAUUCUUGGAGCUCUAUCAGUAGCCGCGAAGGAAAUCUUCCUCGUCUCGUGGAGGAUUCCCAGAGCCUGAUCACACAAGGGAACCAAGCCAGCAAUAACCAGAUUCCUUCACAGGUACCCCUUCCUGCCCCGAAUAUGCCUGGCACCAGUACUGCAGCUAACCCUAAAGUCAAGGUCCGGGCAACCUUCUCAGAGAGUCAGAUGAAUAUUCUCGUCCAGCGCUUCCUCGUUCAGAAGUACUUCACUCCAGCUGAGAUGAAGAAUCUGGCAGAAAGAACUGGAAUGACUUAUAGACAGGUGAAGACCUGGUUUCAGAACCGAAGAAUGAAGUUCAGGAGGAAUAAGAAAGAUGACAGCUGGGAGUUGGAGCGUUAUACUGCCCAAAGGGACAGUUCGGUUCACACACCUGCCUUCUCCAACAUGGCCUCACACUUCCCACCUUAUCAAGGAGAUGGCCACCCCCAGUUCAGGGAGCAGUACAACCAGCCAAUGAUGGGGACAUCUUUCCAGAACACUCCACAGAAUCUGGUGUACUACUGUGCUACUGUGUGUGCCACAGCUGGAUCUUCUGGCUAUCAACCUCGGCCCGCUAAUGCAUCACAGGCCACUGUGCCAAACCAGCACCAUGCGGCUGGGUGGUCCGUGCCGCAAGGAGGUAGUCCCUUUGAUUACAACCCUAAUGCAUUCAAUAAUUAUAUGCAUGCUGCAAGCUUUGAAACAAAGGGUAAGGAAAACACAGCUGUAGCUCAUGAUGGAAACCAGUAGCUGGUGGUUUAUUUGAAUACCUUGAGGAUUUUUAUCCUACUGUUGAGUAAUUUCCAAAUGUUGUUUUCAAGCUGUGUACAUGUGCAUGGUUUUGUUGGAAUACUAUUUUUCUUUUUCAACAUUUUGUGUGGUGUUUUUAUUUUUAUAUAAAACGAUGUAAUGCCUUUUUCUGUCAUACCAGUUGUGUCCAGUUUGAAUCCACUUUGUUUGAGCCAAAUUUUCACUGUGAUGCGAAGUAAGUAACUUGACAAACAGUUAUUCAAAUUCUUUCAAUAAAUACGGUUUGGAUUAACAAGCUGAAGUGUUGUUAGCUAGUGGUGAAUAUUGCUAUUGUGCCAAGGCGUUGGCAUUCACAUUCACUCAGCUUUGAAAUUUUUCUUUUUUUUUUGACUAGUUAUGCAUAUACCCUUUCUGUAUCACACUUUUUCCUUCCACUUAACUUUCCAGUACUACUAUAUAGGAGGGCUGCAUAAUAUUAGACAUUUUUUUUAUGUAUGUGUAUUUUAUUUUGUGUGACUUAGCAUUUGGGCAAUUUAAUUUGUAUCUGUAAGCAUCUGGCCACGAGACUCCAGAACCAAUUGGCUAAAUACUGCAUCUGUAUGUAAAUGCAAGUUCAUAACACGGUAAUAAUUGUUGCCAAAUAAAUUCAAACAGUCCUUUGCUGUACUGUACUAAAUUUAGGUGCUCAGUGCAUAAUUUGCCGAAUCUUUUCCCAUGUCCAGCUGUGUAACAGUAUUUAAUCGCAUUUUCUAAUUUUGUUUUUUUUUAAAUGAUGCAUUUUAUGUCGCAGUCCUGUCCAAACAUUCACCUAAUAACAACAAUGUUGUGAUGUUGCUGUAAAGUCAGGAAAAUAAAGGUCUGCAUGAAAACGA